UCUGACGGCUCGCGCCAGGCGGACUCACCGCUGUCGGUCUGCUCAGUUCGCGCCCAACUCAGGCAAAGUGAGAAGCAAUCGACCUGGAAGCUCGCACGCAGGGCCGUUACCCAGCAGAAGACUCGCUCACGCACCUUCCGUACACGCAUUCCAGAGGGACGUGUGAAUCGGCGGCCGCAUGUGAGGCGCCCUUAGCCCCUCCCCUCUUUCUCUCUAUCCUAUCUCCUCUCCUACUUUCCCGAAAAAAAUGAGACCUUUGGUGCUUCUGACCCUGCUGGUGUUGGCCGUCGUCAGGGCGGACCAAGUAGACCAGCUGAUGCUGGCUAAGCUGCACGAGAAAUGCGCCGAAAAGGUGGACUGGUCCUGCCUGCAGGAACAGGCCCUCAAGAGUUUGGUCGAGGAGGACGAGAAGCCCAUCACUGAGUACGUGUCGGGCUACCAAGUGCACAGGGUGGAGGGCCUCCACGAAGGAAGCAACAGGAGCCUCGAAGACCCUGACCAGUACCUAGUCGACCGCACCUGGGACUACCUGAAAGGCCACGAGCUGGUAAUCUCCUUCAGCGACCUUGAGAGCGGUGCACGAACGUUUUCAAAUCCGAUAGAAUUUUUGGCUCGAAUAGCCCGAACCGCGAGCGCCAACACUUUCCUGACUGGAUUCGGCCUGGGUUUCCUAGCAUUCGGCCUGAAAAAGCUGCUGCUGCCGUUCUUUAUCGGCGCGCAGGUUGUCAAGUCAAUUCUGCUGGCCAUCUUCCUGCCCACCAUUCUGACCUCCAUCGGUAAAUUCCUGGGCAAGAGCGGUGCCAGCAUCUUCCAGGCCUCUGCCGGACACGGACACAGCGGCGGAGAAGACGAGUUCGACUUUAAGGACAAUUUCGACCCAAACUACGACACGUCGGCAACGAGCAACGUGGCCGCAUUCACCAACUACCCACAGAACAGACGAGACAGCCUUCUGGGCUCGCCGUCGUACGUGCCCGCCGGCUACGGCAGUUUGUACGGAAAGCGUCCCCUAACUCAGUGGCCAUUUAAGCGGCCGCUGAUGCCGUCCAAGUUCAACCAUUUCCAGCAGGUGCCCGGCCACUCGCUGAUCAUGAACGGGUUCGACCCCUACUACAGCCCCAUCGUGUCCAGGCUGGACGUGGUCUUCAAGCAGCUCGGCUACGAGAAAAAGUCCAAGGAGUGCACAAAGCGACUCGUGUGCAAUAUGUAUAAGCAGCCUGGGAAAUACGCCCCCUACAGUAACCUCGUCUCGGCGCAACUCAGCAGAGACCUGAGUGAACUGCAAAAGCCGGUUGCUGGAGGCGAAGACAGCACGCAGUUCUUCGCGUACAUGAAGGCGGCCAAGGACGGCCAGGAGGGCUCCGACUGCUCGGCCCUCUACCCUGACUGCGACUCGACGGAAGACACGCCUGAAGACCAGUCGCAUUAUCAGCUGGACGGCGCCAAGUCGGAACAGUCAACGCUCUUCGGCGCCGCCAGUCCACCCAUGGUGAAAACCUACCACGAAAUCAACAAACUGGUGCAGGCCAGACGCCUGGCCAAGCAGCUCGCCGAUGAAAAGGAAAAAGAUAAGAGAGCCGAUAGCUCCGCGCCGGCCUCAGCAUGAUUUGUCCAACGGAAAAUAUAAUGCUUUGGAGAAAAAAAAGAAAACAGCAUUUUAGAAUAAUAAGCAUUCACGGAAAAAAUGUCGUGAAAGAUAAAUAUGCUUUUUGUGCAAUCUUUCCUUAUUUUUUGCUCAGAGCACGGCGUGUUGUCUGAAACGCAGUGAUAGACAGUAUUCUAAAUUGAUAACGAUGCUCCAAACAAAUCUCCCCAGCCCUCGCUUGGGGACCUGCGCAUAUUUGCCAUGGAGAGAAUAAUCAAAAAGAGGAGAAACAGGAAAAUGCGCGAAUUGCUCACACUCCCAACGCGUCUUAAUAAACCAAACAAACAAUUCUGUGCCAACAAACGUUUCACGCAGUUUAAAUAGAGUUUAAUAAUUUAUUUGAAUAGACUGUAAGUUAAUUUAUUUAUUUAUUACAUAUAUAGCUAAUUUAUUUACUGUAUUUAAUAUUUUUGUUCAAAAUUACUCGAGAUGUAUUCAUUCUGUCGUCAGAAUAUUUUGCAAUAAAUAAGUUGGGUUCGGAAAAUGUCAAUGAAUAAA